UAAGGUUCUUGAGGGUGCUGCUUGCGACCCAGCUGGGCUUUAGAAACCGGAAAUAGCUUGUCACCCUCAUUCAGAGCAAUUCCGAUGACUGUCCACAAUCUGUACCUUUUUGACCGGAAUGGAGUGUGUCUACACUACAGCGAGUGGCACCGCAAGAAGCAAGCAGGGAUCCCUAAGGAAGAGGAGUACAAGCUGAUGUACGGAAUGCUCUUCUCCAUUCGUUCGUUUGUCAGCAAGAUGUCCCCGCUAGACAUGAAGGAUGGCUUUCUGUCUUUCCAAACUAGCCGGUACAAACUCCAUUACUACGAGACUCCCACUGGAAUCAAGGUUGUCAUGAAUACCGACUUGGGUGUGGGCCCUAUUCGAGAUGUUCUACACCAUAUCUACAGUGCGCUGUAUGUGGAGUUUGUUGUGAAGAAUCCUCUGUGCCCGCUGGGACAAACUGUGCAAAGUGAGCUCUUUCGAUCCCGGCUAGACUCCUAUGUCAGAUCUUUGCCCUUCUUCUCUGCCCGAGCUGGCUAAAACAUCUACCUCAGCCCUCAGAAGAACCUGGGACUGCCUGGGCCCAUCUCACUAGUUGCAAUGUGAGCCCUUCCACCUACCUGUCUCCAAGAGCUUCGUCCUGACGGUCCUACCACCCAUUGCCUUCGCCAGUUUUAUCCCCUGCUUGACUCUGUGAGAAACACAUAAUAAACUUUUUGUCACCUUC